GAAGCAAAUGAAUGUACUCGUGAAGUCCGAGUAAUUUUCAGAAAUGAUCUGCCAAACACUGUCGAACAUUGUGGCUUUGAAAUAAUCCACAUCGGUCUUCUCUUUGUGCCUUACAGACAGAUUGAUUUACGACUACUGAUAAUGGGAAGAGUGGCGUUCCCUCAGGGCGCAAACGCGAUUUGAAACGCAGACCGACAUUUACAACUGAAAUGAAGUGGAAAGCCUUUAUUUCCGCCGCCGCCUUUUGCCUUCAUUUCAUCGCGUACGGCUUGGCACUGGCCGCGUGGCUUCCGGUGCUUCGUGUGUUAUUUUUGGGGGGGGGUCCGAUUUUGGUGACCCCUGAAGUUCCAUUUACUGUGGUGUCAAAUCCAGUAUUCCCCCCCCUCCCCUCCCAAAAAAAACCAUGUCUCGUCCGUGUUUUCCGGACAAAUCGAAAGCGCCACCUCUGAUUGAAAUAGGGCGUUCUUUGAGUCCACAGCCUGUAAUUGGAUGUUUUUAUCUUUUGUGCGUGUUAUUGUUCACCCACUAUCUGAAAUGAGGUGUCAUAAAAGCAAAGUAGGCGGGGUGGGGGCCGCUCUCAGGUGGUCCCGACCUUAUAAGAACGACAGCUCAUCUGAUGUCUUUGACCAAAAAAAAAAAAAAAACACGUGCCAGUCAGCCCGUUCGCAAUGUGGAUCUUUUUGUUUGUUUCCUUCCUGGAGAUGGUCUCGGGGGCAGAUUGGUGCUACCAGUCCCAAGUGUCUUGCAAUUCCAGCUGCUCAGGGCCCGACGAGUGGGGGGUGAUUUUCCCGCAAUGCGGCGGCAGGUCGCAGUCGCCGGUCAACAUCGUCACCGGGAACGUCGUAGCCGACCAGCGCCUCACUCCGCUGCACCUUGUGGGCUAUCAAGGAGCUUUUCAAGGAAACCUCUCCAACAACGGCCACACAGCGCAAAUGGACUUGCCCGCCGGGAUGCAAAUCAAAGGAGGAAAUCUGCCGGGAACCUACAAAGCACUUCAGCUCCACUUCCACUGGGGCGGCGACGGCGGGCCGGGCUCGGAGCACACGAUCGAUGGAGAGCGUUAUCCAAUGGAGAUGCACCUUGUGCACAUCAAGGAACAAUACAGCUCUCUGUCACGGGCCGUGAGCGAGCCGGCGGGCGUGGCUGUUCUCGGCUUCUUCUUCCAGGAAUCAAAUUCCGCCAACAAGAAGUUUGAUGCGCUCAUAAAAGCUCUGAGGAGAAUCCCGCGCCCGUCCAACAAAACGACGGUGCGGGGCAUCUCCCUGCAAAUGUUCCUUCCGGCCCCCGCCGACAUGAGCCGGUAUUUCCGCUACGACGGCUCCCUCACCACACCCGACUGCGCCCAGGCUGUCGUCUGGACCCUCUUUGAAAAGGCCGUCCCCCUCAGCAGGCAACAGCUGUCCGCCUUCUCGCAGCUCGCCUUCUCCAGCGGGAGGCCGAUGGUGAACACGUUCCGGCCCGUGCAGCCUCGGAACGGAAGGCGGGUGUCUCGCUCCGGAGGCCCGGCGGCCGCUUCGCCCGGCCCGGCUCUCGGCCUGCUGCUGCUGCCGCUGCUGCUGCUGCUGCAUUAGCGACCGGCGGCACUCCGAGAGAAACACGCGACACGUGGAAAAAAAAAAACAGGAUUGUGAUGGACGCGAUGCAGCUCUGGAAAAAGAACACGAAGAGACAGACCACUGCAAAAAAAAGCCCCGUCGACAAAUCUCCAAAGAAACUGAAGCGC